AUGGACAGCGAUGCUCGAGACCGACGUCUUGCAGAUCUAGUAUCUCAGCUUGACCUGAAUGGACCAGAGCCUGACGACAUGACUCGAGCUACGACUCUUACUUCUCCCUCUCGCUUUAGUGAAGACAAACUGCAUGACAUAGCCAAUGAUGUUUCUUACGAUGGCGGCGCCCAAUUCAGCAUCGACAAGGAAGGUAGGCAACAUUACUUUGGGGCUACCUCUCGAUUUCAUCCAAUUCCAGAGAAUGACCAUCAGUUCGAGGCCGGUGUCGAAAGCAAUGAGCCUGAGACGCAGGAAAUAGAAAUUUAUCACCGAAAGUGGCUCUACUCGAAUGCUCGCUUUCAAAGUGCAUGGGAAAAUACAGCUCAUUCAAAUAUGAGCCAAUAUACUGAUGUUGAUCCAAGCAUCUGUUCCAGUCUCCUGGAGGUUUAUUGGUCAUGGCAGGCACCUCUGCAUAAUUGCAUAUACCGACGUUCAUUUUACCGGGAUAUGGCUCUUGGCGGUCCUUGCUUUUCACGAUUCUUGCUGAACGUCAUUUUUGCUCACGCCUGCCGCCACAUGCCAGAAGAUGAUCCCCGCUUUGCUCCAUUUGAGCGGGGUGAAACUUUCCUACGAGACGCGAUGCUGCUUUUGAUUGAGGAAAUGCAACAAAGCAAACCUCGAAUACCCACUAUACAGGGUCUUUUGAUUCUGGGGGGCCGUCAGUGCGCUGUAGGAAAGAGCAGCGAAGGAUGGCUAUACACUGGAAUGGCAAUCCGAAUGAUGACCGAUCUUGGCUUACACAUACACAGAAGCAAGGCUUCUCUGGUGAAGGAAUAUGAGCCAGAUGAUCUAGAAGUUCGAAAACGACUGUUUUUGUCGGUCUAUGCAUGGGACAAAUCAAUAAGUCUCUCUUUAGGACGACCGCCGUCCUUGAAAAACAUGCCUUAUGACCCUUCUGCCCUGCUUGAUCUAUCCGACGAGGAGGAUUUAUGGCAGCCACCCCAUUUACUGGAGACAGACAAGGUUUAUCCAAAGACUAAAUGCCACAGCACCUUGACGUUCAUACAUUUCUGCAAUUUGGCACAAAUCAUUAAUGAGAGCUACGAUACCGUCUAUAAUAAUUCUACUCGCAACAUCAACCCAAAUGUCGUAUUUGAAUUGGAAGAGAAACUGGUUAACUUCCAUCAACAGUUACCAACCGAGCUCAGGAUCGAACAAGGAGCGAGCCUUCAAUCCUGCAUCCCACCCCACAUUCUUUGUCUCAACAUUCUCUGCCAUACUCUCUCGAUACUACUAUAUCGACCUUUCUUCAUCUGGUGCUGGGAUGAAGAACUACGGCAACACCCUCUAGCACUUCGAGCCAAGACUGUUUGCACGGAACAGGCAGCCGAUGUCAAUGAUCUUUUCAGGGCAUAUGGCCGCCUAUACAACUUUCAGUACCAAAGUUAUCUAGUAUCAUAUUGCGUGUACACUGCUGCAACAAUUGAUGUCAGACUCGUACGCCAUGAAGAUAAAGCGCUUGCCGAAACGGCAACGAAUCGAUUAGCGAUUACACUUCGAAUGCUGGAAACAGAAGUCAAACAAACACCAGGUAUUAAGCGAAGCAUUGAGAUUAUUCGGUCUCAAAUCGGCGUUCCUUUAGCCUCAGGUGAACAAGGCCAGCCCAGAGUGUCAUCGGAAGUGCCCAAUUCCAGUUUCUUGGACAGGGAAAGGUCAACUGGGAUGCCUCCCCAACCAAUGAUAGAUGCGCUCCCCCAAGCAACAUCCCCAGUGCAGACAGCAUCCGAUACAGGCUUAUACGUUUCGCCGGCUGAAUUCGUUGUGACAGGGACAUCUCAGCUACCUUUGUCAGAAGGCCUGGGAGUCGCAAUGGACUCCAAUUUACCACUGGGCUCAGAAUGGGCUGACUGGAGUAUGGAUGAUUCUGGCGGUGGAUUUGUCCCCGAUAUGGCUUACUGGACCCCCUUUGAACAACAGUUUUAA